GGGUCCCCAUGUGGAGCUCUGUGGGUCCCUAUGGUGCACUGUGGGUCCUUAUGGGUCCCCAUGUGGAGCUCUGGGGGGCUCUAUGGGUCCCUAUGAUGUACGGUGGCUCCUUGUGGGUCCUUAUGGGUCCCCGUGUGGGGCUCUAUAGGUCCCUAUGGUGUACGGUGGGUCCUUAUGGGUCCCCAUGUGGAGCUCUGUGGGUCCCUAUGGUGCACUGUGGGUCCUUAUGGGUCCCCAUGUGGAGCUCUGGGGGGCUCUAUGGGUCCCUAUGAUGUACGGUGGCUCCUUGUGGGUCCUUAUGGGUCCCCGUGUGGGGCUCUAUAGGUCCCUAUGGUGUACGGUGGGUCCUUAUGGGUCCCCAUGUGGAGCUCUGUGGGUCCCUAUGGUGCACUGUGGGUCCUUAUGGGUCCCCAUGUGGAGCUCUGUGGGGCUCUAUGGGUCCCUAUGGUGUACGGUGGGUCCUUAUGGGUCCCCAUGUGGGGCUCUGUGGGUCUCUAUGGUGUACGGUGGGUCCUUCUGGGUCCCCAUGUGGAGCUCUAUGGGGCUCUGUGGGUCCCUAUGUUGCACUGUGGGUCCUUAUGGGUCCCCAUGUGGAGCUCUAUGGGGCUCUGUGGGUCCCUAUGGUGCACGGUGGCUGCUUGUGGGUCUUUAUGGGUCCCCAUGUGCUGCUCUGUGGGUCGCUAUGGGGCUCUCUUGGACGGUAGGUGGAGCUCUAUGGGUCCCUGUGGGUAGCUAUGUUUGGGGCUGUGGGUCACUGUGGCCCUUAUGGGGAGCUCUAUGGGGCUCUCUGGCUCCCUGUUAGCCUUUGAGACCUCCCAGUCUAAACCAGUACAGACUGGGAGGGAGCUCUGAGGCCUCCCAGAGGUGGUGGCAGGCUCAGGGCUGGUCGUUUUGGGAGUCCCCCUGUUUUCCCUGCUUUAGGUCUAGGCCGCAGCCUCUUUGUCGCUCCGGCAAGCGCCCUGCUUGGCUCCUCCCGGCCACCGUCUCUUGCCGGAAGU